GUGACAGCAGGAGAGUAGUUUCUCAGAGAUAAGCCGCUUCACUCGGUGGCGGUCGUAACAAUAUAAUGACGCUGAACACAAAGGAUCUGGCCAGUAAAACAGCCCGGCCGCGCUCACGUGGCGUUGAGGAGCUACUCGUGAGUCGCUGGACGAGAAGCGCCAGGCGUGUCGCGUGUCGCUGUUCAGUAGACGGCGACUUGCCCGCGGCAUCUCCUGAAAAUGCUCAGGAUGUGGAACGGGCUGGAAGGGCCCUGGCCUGGCCCGGGGGGAGCGGGGGUAGGCCCCAGGCAGCACGUCAGGAAGCAGGCGGGCGGCGCGGCCCAGGCGCGGCUCGAACCCCCGACCCGGCACCAGCCCGUCCGCCAGGCCUCCCGCCCCCAGAGGACCUCGAGCUACGGUGGCCGCCGCCAGCAGCAGCGGCAGCCGCCCCUCCUGCCGCCUCCUCCUCCUCCUCCGCCGCCGCCGCGGUACGCCGACAACCAACCCCCGCAGCAGCAGUUCCCGUACUACCAGCCCUACGACUACCGGGACCGAGGCCACUACCAGCAGUACCCUCCGAACGACGGCGUGCACUUCCAGCAGCACCCCGUCGGCGCUCCGCCGAUGGCCCCGCACCAGCAGGCGUACCAGCCCUACAACCAGCUUGAGCACCAGAGAUACCAGUACCGCGACCAGUGGGGGAGCCCGCAGUGGGGCUGGAACAACUACAGCGGCUACCCGCAGGUGGGGUACUACCCCGAGACGGCGCCCGCCCACGACGGCUACGGUCCCUACCACGGGCAGUGGCAGGUGAGGAGCCCGUACGGACAGCAGAACUACUCCGGCGGGAGGCCCGUGGCGCAGGCCCCCCACCACAACUACCACCAGCAGCAGUUGUACCCCGCCGAUUCCGGCGACAGGCACGUCAAGCUCGAGGAGAUAAAAUGCGAAGACAUCAAAGUUGAGGACAUCAAGGUCGAGCAGCAGCGGAAGGUGUACACGAAGACCGACACCGACGUGUUGUACAUCGACCCGGUGACCAACGAGACGUACGCCGAGAUGGUGCAAAUAGUGAACGACAAGGUGACCAAAGUGACCACCGUGACCGAAGAGAGCAUCGAAGGUAGUUACAACCUCGGGUUCGCCGCGAGCGAAGGAGACAUUUUACGUUCCGAGUCCGUGCAGCACGACUACGCGCCUCUGCAAUUCCAGAGCAACGCCGCUGACGGAAUGUACAUGAUGCCGGGGUUGCGGCAGAUAAAGCAGGAACCCCUGGACAUGGAUAACGACAUGUGCUUCAUUUCUUCGACGUCUGUAGACCACCCGGCGCAACAUCAGCAGGGUUUCCCAUCGGUCAGCGACGUCGGGCAGUCGCCCCACAGCACCAUGAUGUUCGCCGACGACGUGAUGGAACGGACCGCUUCCACUCCCAGUCUUGCCGAGAUGAACACCAACGUCUCCAGCACCGAGGCAGCCAUCACGAGUGUUCGCAGCGCUCCCAGCUCGGGCCACUCCGACGCGGGCGCCACGGGCUACACCUCACUGGAGAGCGUGACGGUGACGAAGGCGAUGACGCAACUCCAGCGCCUGGUGCGACGGCGCGACGGGAUAUCCAAUGUGCUGACUGUCGCGCGGGCGGUCGCAAGCGCUCCAAUUUGCAUCGACGACGAUGACGAAGAUGACGGGGCAACAGUAACAUACCAAGAAACCAAGAAAGACGCUCAGCAGGAAGAAGACCAGCUGAUGAUGCGACAACGACAGCUGCAGCAGCUGGAGCAGCAACAGAAGCAUAAGCUACAGCAAUUACAGCAGCAACAACAGCAGCAGAAGUUGCUGCAGCAGCAACAGCAGCAGAAGUUGCAGCAGCAACAAAGACUACAACGGAAGCUACAACAACAGAAGCUACAGCAGCAGCAACAGCAGCAACAACUACAGCAACAGCAGCGGCAACAGCAACUACAUCAGCAGAAACAGCAACUACAGCAGCAGCAGAAACAGCAGCAGCAACAGCAGCAGCAACAGCAACUACAGCAACAAAAUCAACAACAACUACAGGAACAACAGCUACAGCAACAGCAGCAAUGGCAAUUACAACAGCAACAACUGUAUGAACGGGAGCAGCAGCAACAACUACAUCAACAGCAGCUACAGCAGCAACAGCAGCAGCAACAGCAGCAGCGUCAUCAAGAAGUAAAAAGUAGGCAGACUAAGCAACAGUUCCAGCCCGGUACAGACAGUCCACGUCAGCUUAGAAAGUCCCGUCAACAACAUCCGAGGAAUUGUAAAAGGAAACCUUCCGGAGACUGGAGGCAAGAUGAGGAGACUUUCAAACAGCCGGAGAAGGAUACAGCCAACAGGGACUGGUCGCCAGGAGGCGGCACCCAGCAGCAGGUGUCUGUGGUGACCACCGUGUGGGGUCUGACCACUGCCACACAGUCGGGGCCCCACGGGGGCAGUGUGGCAACAGGCGGUGCGCAGGGCUACGGCCAGCAGGGCCCCACGAACAAGCAAGGCUCCCCCUUCCCGGGGGCUUACCGCCAGGGGACUCCUCAAGGCGCCGCGGCUGUCGCGGGCUGCGGCGGGAGAGCGGGGGCGGCGGCGCACAGCCGUUCCCACGGCCAGUGUUGGUGUGUCUGCUGCAGGGGCGUCGUCGCGCCGGGGGCGGCCGGGGGUGGCGGCGGUGGCUAUGGCCCGCCCCAGGCUGCUGCUGCUGCUGCCGCCGCCGCCGCGGCGGCCGGGGGCGGCAUGAGCGGCGGCGGCACCGGCACCCCCGGCGGCGGCGGCGGCCAGGGGACGGCGGCGGGCGGGGGCGGCGCCGGCCAGGAGGGCCCCCCCGCCCAGCAGUACCACCCGCCGCCGUCCGCGCUCAGCGCCGCCGCCAUGGUGGCGGCGGCCACGGCCACCGCCACCGCCACCGCCAGCGUCGUGGCCAUGCAGGAGCGCCAGGACAUGGGCCAGCAGUUCGGCCAAAUGCAGAACGUCGGGCAGCACGGCAUGCAGGCGCAGCAGUACGCUGCCGGCUACGGCGCGCAGAGGGCGCACGGCCCAAUGGGCAUGGGCAACCCCAGCUCCGCCAUGUCGGGCAUGGCGAACAUGGGCAUGGGCGGCGGCAUGAACGGCAUGAACGGCAUGGGCCCCAUGGGCUCCAUGGGCAUGAUGGGGCAGAACGGGAGCAUGCACGCGGGCAUGAUGGGUUCCAUGGGGCCGGGCUCCAUGCCCAUGAACAAGAUGAGCAUGCAGGGACCCGGCCCGCAGGUGUACCCCAGGAGGAUCACCCCCUACCCCAACCCCGCGAUGCACAUGUCUCAGAAGAGGCAGCAGCAGGGGUACCCCACCCCCGGCCCGGGACCCGCGAUGCAGCCCGGGUUCUCUCCGGCCGGCACGCCGCAGUACCCGGCCGGCUACGGCAACGGAAGGCCCGGCUUCCAGUCGCAGUACCCGCCCCAGCAGGCCAUGGGCCCGUCGGGGACCUUCGGCCCCGCGGCGGGGGCUCGCGGCGGCUCCGUGGGCAUGAGGCAGGCGACGCCGCCCUACGCCGCCGGCGCCCAGGCGAGCCACCAGUACUUCGGCGGGGCGGGCGCUCAGUUCCCCUCCCACCACGCGGGCGGCGGCGGCGGGGGCGGGGGGGUCGGGGGGCAGUACGGGACGGGGGCCCAGUUCGAGCAGGACGUGGGUGCGAUGCGCGGGGGCAUGAGCUACCAGCACAGCCCCAUCCCGGGGAACCCCACGCCCCCGCUCACGCCCGCCAGCAGCAUGCCGCCCUACAUCAGCCCCAACGCGGACGUCAAGCCCAGCUUCCCGGACCUCAAGCCGCCCCUGCCCAUACAGAAUGACGAACUGCGCCUGACAUUCCCUGUCCGAGAUGGCAUCAUACUACCCCCGUUCCGAUUGGAGCACAAUCUCGCCGUCAGCAACCACGUCUUCCAGCUCAAGCCCACCGUUCACCAGACGCUCAUGUGGAGGUCCGACCUAGAGCUCCAGCUCAAGUGUUUCCACCACGAAGACCGGCAGAUGAACACCAACUGGCCGGCGAGCGUCCAGGUGUCGGUGAACGCAACACCCCUGAGCAUCGACCGCGGCGAGAACAAGACGUCGCACAAGCCGCUCUACCUGAAGGAGGUGUGCCAGCCGGGUCGGAACACCAUCCAGAUCACCGUGUCUGCGUGCUGCUGCUCGCACUUGUUCGUGCUGCAACUGGUGCACCGGCCAAGCGUGCGCAGCGUGCUGCAAGGGCUGCUGCGCAAGAGGCUGCUGACGGCGGAGCACUGCAUCUCCAAGAUCAAGCGCAACUUCAGCAACACGGCGUCGUCGGGCGGGCCCCUCUGCACGGACCGGGAUGGGGUCGAGCAGACAGCGCUCAAGGUUUCCCUGAAGUGUCCGAUAACCCACAAAAGGAUCACACUCCCUGCCCGCGGCCACGACUGCAAACACAUCCAGUGUUUCGACCUGGAGUCCUACCUCCAGCUGAACUGCGAGCGGGGUUCCUGGAGGUGUCCCGUCUGCAAUAAGGGAGCUCAACUAGAAGGCCUCGAAGUGGACCAGUAUAUGUGGGGCAUUUUGAACACACUUAACACGUCCGAUGUGGAGGAGGUUACCAUUGAUUCGUCGGCAAACUGGAAGGCAGCGAAGAAUGUCCAGGGAAUAAAGACGGAAGACGACACAGACUCGUGCGGGGCGAAGCGGAUGAACAAGGCAAUGUCGCCAGGCAGUAUGACGCUCCCCACGAUGAACAAUUGGGAUAUGAGCCAAGCCAUGUCUCCUUACAUUCCUCCUGAUAUGAACAGCAUCGCGAGUGGGUCGAUGAUGAACACCGGUCCGCCGCCGUACAGCACGGGCGCCCUGGGCCGCAGCAACUCGUACGACUUCGGCGGCGGGUCGAACCCGGGGAGCAACGAGUACGCGGGCGGGGGCGGCCCGCUCUCUCACCUCAGCGAGUCCGUCAACUCCCUCGACCCCCUGAACGCGAUGGAGAAGACGCUGAACGAGCAGAUGCCCCACACCCCGCACACGCCCCACACCCCGCACACCCCGCACACCCCCGGCGGCACGCCGGGGAGCGCGCACACCCCCGGGGGGGGCAACGGCCCGCCCAGCGUGCCGCCCGCGGGCUCGGGCGACGUCGUCACCAGCGCUGGCCCCGGCAGCGGCAGCAACGGCGGCAACACGGCGGCCGACACCCCGGACAUACCUUCCGAUCUCAACUUCGACCCGGCGGCCGUCAUCGACGGAGAGGGCCAGGGCCAGGAGGGCCUCAACCUGUUGCCGGACAACGUGGUGGAUCCGAUGGAGCUUCUGUCGUACCUGGACCCGCCGGAUCUUGCCACGCCUCCUUCGAGUGGCGCAAGCAGCAACGGCAACAACGGCACGCCGGGCAACACCACGAGCGACGACAUCCUUGCGCUGUUCGAGUGACUAUUUUAGAACACACGAGAAAAAAAAAUGCCCUCCUAUCAUAAACAGAGAAACAAAACGUUCCUUUUGUAUUAAAUAUAAGAUAAGGCAAUCGAUCAAUAUCUACCUUUUUUGAGUGUGAAGAAUUUUUUUUAUAUCAAAACAUUUUGACUGUUUGAAUUUGGUGAACAAAAAGAAAAAAAAGGUGAGGAAACAAGUUUGUACAAAAUGUUAGGUACCUUUUAGUGAUUCUUUUAUUGUUUUCUUACCUUUCCAUUUAAUUUAUAAGAUAUUGUGCCCACGUUACUAAACAACUAAUUAAGUUUUUAAGAUGUUGUGGGUUACAAAACAUUUUUCUCCUCCAGGAAAUGAAAGCCAAAUAAAUAACAGUUUUGUACUGAAACGAUUUGUCAAUGUGUUCCUAUAUUUUACAGUGCUCACAUCUAGCACUGAAAACUGAAUUGAAAGGGUUAUGAUUGUUGAAUACCUUGUUUUUUGAAAGAAAGUUUUAAGCCCAUGCCUCAGAUGCUGUACAGCUCUCGUUAAACAUAAUCCACAAAUGACGUGUUUAACGUAGUUAUUGUGCAGUCAUGCAAACAUAAAUGGUGUUGAUAGAAAUUGUUUUAUUAAUUUUUAAUGUGAAGAUUUUCUAUUGAAAACUUUUAUACGAAGUAAUUUGAGAAUAUCUUAUAUUUUGCAUUGGUUUUUCAUCACUUUAAAUAAAAUAUACCCAUUUCACUUUCAUUUUCUGAACUGACAAGGAAGUUUCAUUAUGUUUUUUAUAGUAUACAACUUUCAUCAUAAAGAAGUUAACUCGACCAAAGCAGUCAUGGAAGUAAUAAUCAUCACAUUUAUUGUCAGGAAGACAUCAUGUACAUAUUUUUUCAUACAGCAGGGACAUCAGUGAGUGAAAAAAAAAAAACUGCGUGGAGUUUGAAGGAAAAGUGUAACAGUGAUUCAAGGAUCGUGAACAGUGUCAAAUUAUUUUAAAUAGGAACAAAAGAACUGAAGAAAGAAGAGAAAGAAUCAUUAUGUCAAAUUAAAAAAAAAACUAUUAGAUUUGAAAAUAUAUGUGUAUUUAUUGUACAUAAUGAAACAUACAUACAUAUGGCAAACAGCAAAUUUGUGUGUGGCCAGUUCUAGUGUGUAGUAUUACAGUUAUAUUAUUAAUAAUACUAUUAAUAAUUAAAAUAUUGUAUUUACCUAUCGGAACCAAAAUUUUGUGACAUAUAUUGUACAAGAGUGUAUGAACCUAUGAACCAUAGAAAAUUCUGAAGCAGAGGAAGAAAAUUUAAGCACGUAAACAUUGCAUCAGUUGUCAUGACCUGCAUGGGCGACUGCUGAUCCCAAAAUGUACUGUCUCGAUGUAUUUGCAGCUUAUUUUUUAGCAGACCCGCACGGCCCUUGUUAGUGUGACGUAGGUAAGCAUUCCAUCAUCCUUUGUAGACGAGUACGCGAGAAUGUGCAGUGAGCCACGUACGCGAUGGGUAUAAAUUUCGUAUCAAGUGUUUUUGGGUUUGUCAUUACGUGCAUCGACCAAGUUUUUUAAGUGACAUAACAGUCAUUCGCCUAUUUUUAAAGGGGCUAAGUAUGUUUGUACCACAUUUUCAGAAAUUUUUCCAAACAUUUUAAAAUAUGAAGUAUAUUACUUUUAUGGAUAUAUUAGCAGAACUUUUCAUGGAUUCCCGAUUUAUUUUAUUGCUGUUACCUAUUUAGCAUAACUAAAUCAGAAAAGAAAUUAAUAAUUAAAAUAUGUUUCUCAUUGAAGCGGGGCCAGCAUGUCUAAGUGCAAAAACAAAAUUGCAUAAUAUCCCACCAUGUAGCGCAGGAACUAUUUUAUAUGUUAUAUAGAAUAAAGAAGCUUUUAGGGGUGUGUGUGUUGAUCAUGUCAGUAACAUUGGAUUUGUUAGUGAAGAUACUAACAAUUUUUUUUUUUGAAAUAGUAGUUAUCAUUUGAAAACCUAUUUAUAUUGUGUUGCUCGUAACUUAUAUAUAACUUAUAAGUGAGCAUCAUUACCUUAGACUGUCUAGGUGUGGUGAUUUGCUGUAUUUUUUUUUUUUUUAAAUUUUAGGUAGUUAAAUCAUGAUAAAAAAAGUUAAACAUUUUUUAAUUAACAAAACAAUUUGAUUCAUGCCAUUUCUAAUUGUUUUUAUUAAUAGAUAAUCCAUGCGAGUUAAGUACAGUACGUACAACAUUAUAAAUUAAGCUGUAUCUGUGUAUGACAACUUCUUUGGAUACUUUUUAAAAUCCUUAAGAUCUGAAGAAGUGUUUCGGAUGUAAAUACUAGUAAUUGCACACCCCUUCAGCUUCAUCAGAAAUUGUUUCCUUUGUGUCUUGGAAUAUAUCUCGAGGAAGCAUCCGUAAACAUCAGUCAACUAAAAGAUCCCUGCCAAUGAGAUAAUGCUUUUCCUACAAAUCUUUAUUUGUUGUGAUGUGGUAACGAUUAUGAAGUGUGAGAACACCAUUCAGCUGUUGGAUAUUUAACGGCAGGGUCUCGUGGACAAACGGGCAAAGUUGUGGUUUCAUGUUGCCUUCUGCACACUUAACUCCGGUGGGAAAUUAUGUUUGUCAACACUUAGCUGUUGUUAUUGUAUUACUUUUGUUUGCAAAGAAAAAUAAAGUUGUAAUAGUUAAGGCAUUAUACCUGUGUUUAUUACAGUUAUUUUGAGCCAGGAAGUAAAAAUUUCAAUAAGUCUUAAAUGUAAUUAGGAAAAAGAAUUUACAAAGAAUUGGUGGUGUUGUAUGGAAUCUCACGUGUACCACAGUUCAACAGUAUUUCUUGGAAUUCUAUAAUUUUUCCUGUGCAUUAGUUUUUUUUUUUUUUUUUUUUUUUUGGUGUUGUACAGGGAAUUUGUUAAUUGAAAAUAGGAUUAACCCUAAAAACAUUGAGGAUUACAGUACAAAUGAACAUAUUUAUUUUGCUCUUGGAAGAAAAGUAUUACUUAAUUUCUGUCUUGUAUUUGUGGCAUGAUACCAAUACUGCCAUCAGAUGUAUCUUACUGAUGAAACUAAACAAAAUAUGUGUAUUUUUAUAUAAAAAUUUUUAUAAAUGAAGUAGGCAUGUGUAUGUGCCAGUAUAAAUAAAACAAAUUUCAGUCAUAAAGUACAGAUUGUAACUUUGAUAAAACAAAAAUUGGGUAGGUCUUGUAAACUUUGGAAAAAUAUAUUUUAAGUAAAUGAAAGUUUUUUUCAGAAGUAUGUGCAUCUGAAAGUACGUUCUUAACUGCUUUAACUAACUUAGAGCAUGAUAUUUAUGUAUAUGUAUCAUAGGUAUUCACAGAAUGGUAUCAUGCCUUAUUAUUACAUUUAUUUUUUGACCCUUUUUUCCCCCCUUGGUGUGUGCAUAGUUCUUUGUUUUGCGCUGUAAUUCAGGUAGGCCAUUGAAUAUCUAAUCAAAGGUUUUUUUUUUUUACUGAUAUAUCCUGAAUUGUUUAGGAAACUUGAUGCAAUGGUUGUACAAAGAUAUUAUGUUCUUUCUUCUGUUUUUGUGAUAACUUUAAAUUUUAUUUUAUUUUGUCACAUUCCUUGAAAGUAGUAAUUAUUUUGCACCUACUUCAUGAGUUCAGUGAAGGUGAAAGAGUUGUACAUUUUGUAGAACAAAUAUAAAGUUGAUUUAUCUCUCAGUGUCAGUUUAGAUCAGUUUCUUUUGUGAAUUUGUAACUUUCAUUGUUUAUCAUGAAGUUUGAAAUUGAAAUCCACGGUCAUGAUCUCAAGAUUGUAAUUUUAGUAAUAUUAAAAUGAACACAUGAUUGUGCUUGAAAAAAGUUUUUGGUGUUGAAUUUUAAAAGUUGAAGAAAUUACAUAAGAUUGUCGUGAUCUGAUAUGGAUCUUUUUAAAUUCAUUUCUUUUUGUCUUCUGUUACUAUUUUAUGGUCUUACUGAUAUUGAAAAUACCCUAUUUUUUUAAAAAAAAUAUAUUUCAUACAUAUCAUCUAGGGAAAAUUUGUUGAGUUCCUGUAAUUUAUUGUUAUGUUUAUUUCAACCUUUAAAAUACAGAAUCCUGCAAGCAAUACUAAUGGUUUGUCAGUGCCAUUUUAUUUUGUGUGGUUUACAUUUUCAACUUCUUAUCAAAGGUGUUUUUACUGUCUUUGAUUUAUGAAUUCACUAAGUUCCAUUGCAUCGCUUCACUAAGUUCUUAAAAUAUAAACUAAUACACUUGGACCAAUUUCUUUAUAUCAAAUGGCUUUUCAACCUUCAAAAGUUUACGUUAAUUUUUGUGUGGAAUUGUAAUGCUAAUAUUCAGAAUUUAGACUAGAAAGUGCAAAGUAAUACUACAAAAAUAAUUUUUUCCAUAAAAAAAUAGUUCUUUGUAUUAUACGUGAAAUAAAAUCAUUAAAAUUAAAAAAAUAUAUAAUAAAAUUUAUUUGUUAUUUAUAAAACAGCCAAUUGCAGAGUAGAAGUAGCUAGGUCUUCCUUUGUCUACAGCGCUUGUACUAUAGUAAUGUUUGUCUCGUAUGUUGUACAUAUUUUCCAUUGUAGAUGUAUUUCUGCAAAAAUGUACCAUUACACUUGAAAACAAGG